CCGUUUUUUGGACGCCGCCUUACUUUUUUUUUUCUCCACUUGGACUUUUGAGAACCAAUAGCCAAUACAGGCAACGCACAUACACACAACACAACCUUUGGGAGGCAGCCUGAACAAAAUAGAAAAAACCAAACAAACCCUUCUUCUUUUUCCCCUCCUCCAUAAUAUAUCCGUGCGCCCAAUGUACCCCCACUACCAUCAUCAGCCUCUGGAUAGUGGUAACAAUGUAAUGCCUGGAUCAAUGUACCAUCAACCACCACCGCCGCGUCAACAAUACCCACACCAUCCUCAUGCUCACCACCCAAUGGCACCAGCAGCACAACAACAACAGCAACACCCGAUUGUGCCCUCACAGGCAGCAGCCGUCGCUUCUGCUGCUGCCGCUGUUCGACAUCCCGUCUAUCAACAACAACAACAACAACAACAACCUCCACAACCUCCUCCACCAGAACCUUUACCGAGUGCAACAGACAUACACCAGACAUUGCAACUCACCAUUCCGCAAAUGGCGGAGUUUGCCUCGUCCAUGGUAUAUCUAAUGUGGCACGCUCGACGGCCAUCGGUCAUGGCCUUGCACAGCGCUUCCAAGAUUGCGGAUGGCUCCAAUCAUGCCGAACAAGAUGCAAUGCAAAGUAGGGAAACUGCAAACAUUGCAAAUGCUACGAGUAGCGCGUUUAAAAAGUUCUCUCGUCAGGUACUUGAGAAAGAGGGUGUGCUAAAGGUGGAUGAGAGAGAUAAGAGACUUGUCACUUGAGUUUCUGUGUCUUGUAUUGCUAGUUACUGACAGUUAUUACUGCUUUAGAUUUUACAUGCAACACAAUUG